AUGAGUAACUUCACGGGGAUCCUUCUCUUCUUCACUCUCAUACUCUGGGCACAGGAGCCGAGCACGAGGGGUCCUUCUGCUGUUGGUUUCCAGGAAUGCAGGCAAACCCUAAAAGUCCCUGCUCUGGAGGUUCUUCCUGGAGGUGGCUGGGAUAACUUGAGAAACCUGGACAUGGUGAGAGUGAUUAACCUGAACUGUUCAUUGUGCAGAACUACUGAAGAUGGGGCUUACUUAAUUCCCAAUGAGGUCUUCACCAUCGCCCGCAAACCAAGUUAUCUGAAGUUUAACUCUGAGAUCGAGUCUUGGAUGGAUUGCCAGACUGCCACCUCUGCUCCCAUCGAUUACAGAGCUGUCAUCUUCCUUAUCAGUGGCAAGUUCUCCAGUGACUUCCACGGGAUGAAAACUCACCAAGUGAGAGAUCAGGCGGUAACUACCAGGGUUCAGGUCAGAAAUCUGGUUUACACUGUAAAAUCUGACCCUGCAACAAUGUUAGAUGAAGGCUUCCAGUGGCAGGUUAUUAACAUUGCUAGCCAUAAGGAGAACAACCAGACUUGAAUGGCUGACUACUUAGCAGAAAUCUUGAUGCUGAACUAUGGCACACAUGUCAUCACUAAUGUGGAUGCUGGUGCCAGCCUUGUCAAGGAGGAUCAAAUCAAAUCCACCUUUCUGAAAGACAGCUGGUCCAUGCAAAGUUCUAUCACAGCUGCAGCUGGGGUCUCUUUUCGUGAUGUUGUUGACUUCAAUAGCGGUAUUGCAGCCAGCACGGACGGUUUUUUCACCAAGCAGUACCAAACCAACUGCACCAACUCCAAGGUGGAGAGCAUUGGGGGACUGCCUUUUUAUCCGGGGAUUACCCUGAAAACUUGGCAAGAGAGCAUCACCAACCAGCUGGUAGCAAUUGACCGUUCAGGUUUGCCUUUGCGAUUUUUCAUCACUCCAAACCACCUGCUAGGAUUGCCCAGCCCCAUAGUGAAGAGAUUGUCCUGCACUGUGAAGUCUGCCAUCUCUCACCAUUACACCUUCAAUACUUACCCUGGCUGCACAAAUGCAGCCUCACCAAACUUUAACUUCCAUGCCAACACUGAUGGCAAUUUCUCCUUUGGAGGUGCCUAUCAGGACUGUGUUCAACUAGAGGGUCCUGAUGCUACUGUGGCCUGCCAAAGUCUGAAACAGAGGAACCCACUCACUGGAGCACUCUCCUGCCCUGUGGGAUAUGCCCCAGUAAGACUGAGCUCCCAGCAAUGUGCAGGAGGGUUUAGCCACUUAGACUGCCACAAGGACUGCCUUGUCUGGAAGAUAUUCUGCAAGGUGGUUUGCAAGGAUGUUUUCACAGCCUCCAAAGUGCAAUUUAGUGCAUACUGGUGUGCAGCAAGAGGCCAGGUGCCUGAAAACACCAGAUACCUCUUUGGGGGGCUCUUUAGUGCCAAGACCACCAACCCCAUGACUAAUGCCCAGUCCUGUCCUUCCAGUUUCUUCCAGCUCAAGCUUUUUGACCAGCUCAGAAUCUGUGUGAGCAGAGAUGAAAGAGGGCAGAGGUAUUCGGUGCCCUUUGGAGGGUUCUUUAGCUGCCAGGUGGGAAACCCUUUGGUGGGAUCCUACAAUGGAACCGAUAGUGACCCAUACCCCAAGAGGUGCCCAGCUGGAUUUCGUCGGCACCUGGCCACGAUCACUGAUGGAUGCCAAGUGGAAUACUGUGUCAAAGCAGGACUCUUCGCAGAAGGGCCACUGCCCCAGGUCAGGCUCCCACCGGUCACUCGCAAGCCUUCUGCAGGUCUGACUGCUACUGACACUGUCCUGGUGGCAAUCGGACCUGGGUUGAGGAUUCCCAGAGCAAAUGGAGGACAAGUAGCUGGAGGAACGGGAAAGGCAAACAGUUUAGUGGGAGUGAUACCAUGA